AUGGCGACUGACCUUCAACACACCCCUACCUCCACGGAGAGGGACAUGAUCGAGGAGAAGCCUGCGUUGGCGCAUACCGUCUCUUCUGGCGCGAUCUCUAUCAGCCCGGAACUUUUCGAGAAGCUCUAUCUUACUCCCAAAGUUCCUCAUGCCGGCGACAAUAUCAAGCGGUUUGCCAACCCGACUCCGCUCGGCUUUGUCGGCUUCGUGAUCUCGACAAUGACGUUCGCUAUGGUCAUGAUGGGCUGGGGUGGCGCCAGCGGUCUCUCGCCCGUGGUCGGCAUCUUCUUCUUCGUCGGCCCAGUUCUCCUGGUUUUAACGGUAAUCUUUGAAUGGAUCAUGGGUAACUUCUUCUCCAUGAUGGUCUGCGGUCUCUUUGCCGUCUUCUGGCUCUCCUUUGGCAUGCUCCAGCUUCCUACCCUCGGUCUCGCGGAACCAUACUCUCCCAGCGGAACCAACGCGGUGAUUGGGUCGGCUUCGAAGGAGUACAACGCUGUUAUCGCCCUGUACCUGAUUGUAUGGGGCUUUGCGUUGUUUACCUUUUUCAUCUUCACGCUGAAGACGAAUCUUGUAUUUGCGCUCAUUUUUUUCUUUGUGACUGCGGGUGCGUGGGUGUUGAGUGGUGCGUAUUGGAAAGUUAGUACGGGAGACUACGAUACUGCGGGUGAUUUGCAGAAAACUGGCGGGGCUCUACUCUUCAUCGUCGGCUGUCUAGGCUGGUAUAUGACUUUCGUCAUGAUGGCUGCAGAGAUGCGGCUCGCCGUCAAACUGCCCGUGGGCGACCUGAGCCACUUCUGGCCGAAGACCGACGUUGAGAUGGGGAGGGCCGAAAAGCAGGCCUAG